CUCUGCUUCCGGAAGCUCAGCUCAAAAUGCUGAACUGCUUCUGGAAGUCGCUGGUGCUGUGGUAGUUGGAGUCUGUUCUCGGGCCUGAGCCUCGAGGCCAGGCUCCUGGGUGUCGUUAAUGUUCGGGGCCGCCGGGCGCCAACCGAUCGGAGCUCCAGCCGCCGGGAACAGCUGGCAUUUCAGUCGAACCAUGGAAGAACUGGUUCAUGAUCUUGUCUCAGCAUUGGAGGAGAGCUCAGAGCAAGCUCGAGGUGGAUUUGCUGAAACAGGAGAUCAUUCUCGAAGUAUAUCUUGCCCUCUGAAACGCCAGGCAAGGAAAAGGAGAGGGAGAAAACGGAGAUCAUAUAAUGUUCACCACCCAUGGGAGACUGGUCACUGCUUAAGUGAAGGCUCUGACUCUAGUUUAGAGGAACCAAGCAAGGACUAUAGAGAGAAUCACAAUAAUAAUAAAAAAGAUCACAGUGACUCGGAUGACCAAAUGUUAGUGGCUAAGCGCAGGCCAUCAUCAAACUUAAAUAAUAAUGUACGAGGAAAAAGACCUCUGUGGCACGAAUCUGACUUUGCCGUGGACAGCCUUGGGAACAGAACUCUGCGCAGAAGGAGAAAGGUAAAACGCAUGGCCGUGGACCUCCCACAGGACAUCUCUAACAAACGGACAAUGACCCAGCCCCUUGAAGGUUGUAGAGAUCAGGACAUGGACAGUGAUAGAGCUUACCAAUAUCAAGAGUUUACCAAGAACAAAGUCAAAAAAAGGAAAUUGAAAAUAAUUAGACAAGGACCAAAAAUCCAAGAUGAAGGAGUAGUUUUAGAAAGUGAGGAAAUAAGCCAGACCAGUAAGGACAAAAUGGACUACGAAGAGCAAAAAGUCUCAGACGAACUCAUGAGUGAAAGUGAUUCCAGCAGUCUCAGCAGCACCGAUGCUGGUUUAUUUACCAAUGAUGAGGGAAGGCAAGGUGACGAUGAGCAGAGUGACUGGUUUUAUGAGAAGGAAUCAGGUGGAGCAUGUGGCAUCACUGGGGUCGUGCCCUGGUGGGAAAAGGAAGAUCCUACAGAGCUAGACAAAAAUUUACCAGAUCCUGUCUUUGAAAGUAUCUUAACUGGUUCUUUCCCUCUUAUGUCACAUCCGGGAAGAAGAGGUUUCCAAGCUAGACUCAGUCGCCUUCAUGGACUGCCUUCCAAGAACAUUAAAAAAUCAGGAGGGACCACAACUUCAAUGGUGGGCACCCCGGGCCCUGUCAGUAACAAGAGAAUGGUUCACUUUUCCCCAGAUUCACAUCACCAUGACCAUUGGUUUAGCCCUGCCACUAAGACAGAGCAUGGCCAGCAUCAGCUUCUGAGAGAUAACCGAGCUGAAAGAGGACACAAGAAAAACUGUUCUGUGAAAACAGCCAGCAGGCAAACAAGCAUGCAUUUGGGAUCCCUAUGCACUGGAGAUAUCAAGCGGAGAAGAAAAGCUGCACCCUUGCCUGGACCUACCACAGCAGGAUUUGUAGGAGAAAACGCCCAGCCAAUCCUAGAAAGCAACAUUGGAAAUCGAAUGCUCCAGAAUAUGGGCUGGACACCUGGGUCAGGCCUUGGACGAGACGGCAAGGGGAUCGCGGAGCCAAUCCAAGCCAUGCAGAGGCCAAAAGGAUUAGGUCUUGGAUUUCCUCUACCAAAAAGCACCCCUGCACCUGCCACUCCCAAUUCAGGAAAAUCUGCCUGAGAAGAAAAACAAAGAAGAAAUGUUUUAUUUUUAUUUUAUAUAUAUAUAUAUAUAUAUAUAUGUACAUACAUAUGUACACAUGUAUAUGUGUACGUACAUAUAUACAUAUGUACGUACACAUAUAUGUGUGUAUGUAUGUAUAUGUAUGUACAUAUUUAUAUAUAUGUAUGUGUAUAUAUAUACAUACGUAUAUAUAUAUUCCAUUGUAUGUAUGUAUAUAUGUGUGUGUGUGUGUGUGUGUAUAUAUAUAUAUAUUCCAUUGCCCUAAUAUUACAACAUAGCUUCCGUUUUCGAAGCAGAAAUUGACCUUGCCUCAAACUCCUCACUCUAGCGUCCUGCGAAUGGUCCUGCCACAGUGAUAGAAAUGGGGUUCCCUCACAGUUACUGGUGCUAAAGUGAAAACCUUUACCUUUAAAAAUUUUUUCAGCAACUUCCAGUUAUUUCUAGGUAUAAAUAACAGCUUGUUGCCCCUAUUUAUUUUGAUCUCAUAGGUCAGUCAUUUCUAGCUGGAUUCAGUCAUUGUGUGUGCAAUGCCCAGGCAAACAUGAGACACCCACGUGUUUCUCAAAUGGGAUAGGCCAGAAAGGAUGUUGUUUCCUAUCACACCCAGAACUCCAAGACCGAUCAUCACGUCAAUGAAGUCCUAAGCAAAUCUUUGUUUGAAAGGCUUGCCAAUUUCACAUUCCUUGAAUCUGGCUUUUUCGUGAGGAUUCUGUAAUGGGGUGGUACCCAUUCAUCUAUCCUUGGACAGGGUAGUAUCAGGUUCACAGUUGACAAACAGUGAUUAAUGUUUCCCUCUGACAUUGUUGACCAAAACAAACCUCAUCAUUGUUAUCACCGGAGUGCCCUCAACAUGACUUGCGGAUUUUACCAAUUUUACCUCAUUUAGAACAUCAAAUAAUUAUUGAAAGAAAAAUGUAUUUUUUCAAUUCACCAUGACCGAACUGUAAAUUCUAUUCAUCUAGAUUUACUUCUACCUCUGUCUUCCCAAAGGUUGAUAUUUUUUUAGAUCAAUGCAACUGUAGUAAACUAAUUUUCAGUUUUAACCAUUGGAGUAACCUGUUUGAAUUAUUGAAUCGAUUUAUUUGAAAAUUUAAAUGGCUCUCCCAAGAAUUCAGAUCUCUGGCAGUGAUCCAACCCAUUUACAAGGUGAACAAGAGAAUGAAUGGUAAUGAUUUGCCCUUUCUAACAUCUGAGUAGUUACUUUAAAACCAAGCAAAAAACAAGUCAUUUUUAUUAUAUGCCUCUAUUGUUAUUUUUGAAUCAUCUGCUUUAUAAUGCCAAGGCUUCUAAAUUGCUCUUAGCUUAGAGGAUGAUGAUCUUCAUUAUUAAGGACUGAUAUCAUAUUUAUAAUGGCUUUUAUUGGUUGAGUAAAGGCCAGGGUAACACGUGUGAAUCACCUUUCUAAUGGAGUUUUGUAAGUUUUUUUAAGAGCAGUUUUAGGUUCACAGAAAAAUUAAAGAGAAGGUACUGAGACUUCUCAUAGGCCCUCUGCCCCCAAACAUGCACAACCUCCCCCAUUAUCACCAUCCCCCACUUGGGCGGGACGUUUGUUACAAGUGGUAAGCCUCCAUGAUACAUCAUAAUCACCUAAAGUCUACAGUUUACAUUACAGUUCACUCUGGUCUGGUACAUUCUGUAGGUUUGGAUCAAUGUAUAAUGACAUGAGUCUACCAUUAUAGUAUCACACAGCAGUUUCACUGCCCUGAAAAUCCUCACUACAUUCUAGUAGGUUUUAGAAAAUUUGUAAGUCCCCGAGUUUUUUAAAGUAGGAAGUAAAGCUUUAUGCCUAUAGUAGACCUUUCCCAGGUGGUGCCCUAACUGCCAGUUAGGGAAAAGAAAGUCAGCCUUCUAUUUGAGAGUCUCUAUGGUUUGCCAAACAUACAUGUUUAAGAAUUCUCUUCUUUCCUAGGGGUAUUGUGGUAAGAGGACAGUUUGGUUUAGGGAUUAUAGACUACCAGGUGAAUUGUUCAUUUGAGGCAUUCUUAUUGGAUAGAGUAACCCUAUUGUUUGAUUAUUUUCUACAAGUUUGUUUCAUAUAAAUUUGCCAUUUUUUUAAAAAAGUGCUUUUUGUUAAAUACUCAUUCUAGCUAUGUAAGGGGAGAAAUCUGGAGAUCAUCUAUAUACCAGGUUGAAACUUCUUAGAUUGUGUAUAGUGCUCUAGGAUCUACUCAAAAGAUUUCUUUAAAAACCCAUUGCCUGAAUUGUCUAAAAGCCUAGAAUUUUGAAAAGCCAAAUUUGGAGCCACUGAUAACACACAGUAAGGUUCUUGUGAGACUGGUCCCAAACUCCUAAUGUUCGAACCCUCAUAGUGAGGAAAAGCAGAACAUACCAACAUGGGGAAACUCCUUGAUUAAGUAUUGCAGUCUUUAUGAACGUUUUGUGUUGUUUCCCAUCUGGAGAGAUCCUAGUCAUCUGAAGCAGCCCCUCUGAGAUGCUCACUUACCUUGGGUAUUUUCCUCUAACACUCCCUCUUAAAAAGACCAUGUUUACAUUUUCAGCAAGCAGAAGAAAGGUCUUAAUCUUGACCUCUAGAGCCCUUUAUGUGUCUCUCAGAGGACUUAAAAUAUUUUUUAUGUUAUGGAAGUACCGUAAAACCUUGGUUUGCGAGCAUAAUUCAUUCUGGAAACAUGCUUGUCAUCCAAAGCACUUGUAUAUCAAAGCGAAUUUCCCCAUAAGAAACCAGGGAAACCUGGAUGAUUUAUUCCACAACCCAAAAAUACUCAUAUAAAAAUGAUUAUAAUACUGUAAUAUGAUACAAAAUAAUAAAGAAAAUACAAAGAAAAAUAAAUUACCUUUGAAAACC